AUGGUUCUCGAAGCGGUCAUGGUUGUCGUCGACAACAGCGAGAGCAGCCGCAACGGCGACUACCAACCUACACGGUUCGACUCGCAGGCCGAUGCCGCCAACGUGAUCUUCCAGACCAUCACGAACAGCAACCCCGAGUCGUCUGUGGGGUUGAUGAGCAUGGGCGGCAAGGGCCCCGAGGUCCUCGUCACGCUCACCACGGAACAGGGCAAGAUUCUCGAGGGCCUCCAUCGCACUAAGAACAAGAUCAAGGGGUCCUCGCACCUUGCUACAGGAAUCCAGGUCGCCGGUCUGGCUCUCAAGCACCGUCAAAACAAGUCGCAACGUCAACGGAUAAUCGUCUUUGUCUGCUCGCCGAUUGAGGAGGAGGAGAAGAAGCUGGUGCAGCUCGCCAAGAAGAUGAAGAAGGGCAACGUCUCGGUCGACUUUGUGCUCUUUGGCGCCCACGACGACGACGAGACCCAGCAGAAGCUGCAGGCCUUCAACGAGAACGUCAAGGGAGGCGAGGGCUCACAUCUGGUCGUCAUCCCCCCGAGCGCCAAGCUGCUCAGCGACCAGCUCAUCUCGUCCCCGAUAUUGCUCGGCGAGGGCGCCGGCAACGGUGGCGGCAGCGGCGGAGGCGGCGCGGGUGGUGGCGGCGACGGCGGCGGCGACUUUGACGGCCUCGACUUUGACCCGUCCAUGGACCCCGAGCUCGCGCUGGCCCUGCGCAUGAGCAUGGAGGAGGAGAAGGCGCGGCAGGAGAAGAAGGCACGCGAGGAUGCCGAGGCUGCCCAGAAGGCUUCGCUGGACGACAUCAAGGAGGAUGGCGAGUCGGCCCCGCUGCUGGGCGAGGCGAGCGGCAGCAGCGACAAGAAGGACAAGAAGGACGACGAUAAGAUGGACACGUCAUAG